CAGGCACUCAUAUGGCAGAGUGUUUGACAUGGAGACCUAUAUUUAUCACACCAUCACCGGUACAGUGAAGACAGCAGCCCAUGCACAGGUGGUCAAGAUGAUUUCUCCAUUGUGGCUGGUGGGGGCAAUAUGCUGUCUGACGUUGCUCCCAGUUUGGCUGGAGGCAAAGUCUCUGUUGAAUACCAUCAAGCAGGAAGCGAUGAGCCCUGUUAGGGAUGUAGGUAUUGAUUCGGAGAAGGCGAACGGCUUCCUGACUCACUCACGACCAAAGCGCAAUGUGGAACCCAGGUGGUACAGAGGCAACCCCGACUUCCAGGCUUACUACCGCUACUACAAUAGCAUCGGACACACAGAGGGGCUGUAUGAGAUUGACCGGAUCAGGCUGCUGUACCAGCAGAUGAGGCAGCUGGAGCAUGUAUACGGCCCCAACGCCUCACACUUCCAGAACAAACUGGGAGUGCCCACCAUCAAGUGCGACCCAGCCACGGACAAAAAAUGCAAAGCCCUACCCACUCCCCCUCCCACCCCAAUAAAAAGCACCUCUCAGCCCCCUCCUGCUCCGCCCCGCUCCCAGGCUGAUGUCAUGUACCUAUGCAAUGCCAAGGACCCCCUCUGCAAGCCCCAUAUCGUCUACCUCCCCACCGGGGCAUUGCCCGUACUGUGCGACCCCCGCUACCACCCCUCAUGCAACCUCCACAAGCUCCCUCCUCCACCACCACCCCCCAUGCUUAAAAAAUCUGCCCCACAACCACCACCCCCCGCCCCAAAAAAGUCAUCUCCCCCUCCGGCCCCCAUCCACACCUACAAGGGCAUGGAGUAUGACUGCAAUCCCUACUGGGACCCAGACUGCCUGAUAGACCACCCACCCAGACCCCUCCAUGGCAAGGCUGGCCCACCCCCGCCUCCCAUUGAGGAACAACCAGUGGAGAACCCACCACCCCCUGCAGCCAGCAUCAAGAAAGUGGCACAUCCCUAUCCUUACCACGGUUACCCCUAUAACUAUAACUAUGGGCAUGAACUCUAUGAUCCGGUCCGCUUCCAGUACCCCUCACCACCUUCUGAUUCCCCCGAUGAUGGUGGUAGUGACUAGCCCAUCAAAGCUCUAAAGGCAUUAGCUUUACUUACGCCUCAAGUGUUUUGGCAGUAAUGAACAAAGAGUUGUUUUCCCCUCCAGAUGUAGAUUUAGAAUGACAAAGCGGCACAGACCAUAAUUACAGGUCUUUGAGCUAUCAAUCAUGUAAACCGUCUUAUCGAUGUGAUGCUGUUAUGGGAAGGAGAGCAAACCUAUUUAUACAGCAAUGACCUGCAGUAGAGUUAUGCUAUAUUACAAUGACUGAUGAUAUUGCAACAAUAAGACCAUCUCUGAUUGAUUUAUUACUAUCCAAUGUGCCAUUGUCUAUUCAGCAUCCAAAAUCAUUAUUCAGUUACACAAUUUGCAUAGAAAAAAAAGAUAGUGACAAAGUUAAUAUUGACUCAAAUGAUGAAAAAUAAACGUUUCAAAAACUG